UUGAUUUUUGGAAAUAAAUAAUUCAUGAAUCAAAACAUCUCAAAGUGAACUCGGCAGAGAGCGGAGUGAGUGUGUGUGUGUGGGGGAGGGAGGCAGCGUAUUGUGCACGCCAAAAAAAAAAACACCCGCACAAGCACGGUUCUCUAAGGCAGUGCAACAUCCACACAUCCUCCACUCAUCUGGAUGUAGCAUCGCAGCGCUGCAUCGCAGCAGGGGGCUACACGGGGGGACAGACCACCGGCGCAUGCAUGCAUUGUCAGCAUGUUUACCAUCGGCGUCAGACGGCAUGAUGUGAAAAAAUAGUAACUCGCAUUGCGAAUACAUUCACCGGCGUUAUUGACGGGGACACUGCGGCUAUGGCUAAGGACAAGGCCGUAAACCGGACGCUCCAGUAUCAGCAAACUUUGAUGUAUGGGCGCUACACCCAGGAGCUGGGGGUGUAUGCCAAGGAGGAGGCGGCACGGCUACGUGACGGCGGGGGCCCGCGGCGGGGCGCCAGCGUGCGCGGCCGCGCCGCACAGAUCCUGGAGUACGAGAAGGACCCGUGUGCCAAGUGCCAGCUGUGCGCGUCCCGCUGCCAGAAGUUCCUAAUCUCACGGGUGGGCGAGGACUGGAUCUUCCUGAUCCUGCUGGGACUCCUGAUGGCGCUGGUCAGCUGGGUCAUGGACUACGCCAUCGCCUUCUGCCAGGAAGCACAGAAGUGGAUGUACAGCGGUCUGGACAGCAACAUGCUCCUCCAGUACAUAGCCUGGGUCACCUACCCUGUAGUGCUCAUCACAUUCUCAGCGGGAUUUACACAGAUACUGUCUCCACAGGCUGUGGGUUCGGGCAUCCCUGAAAUGAAGACCAUCCUAAGAGGCGUGGUGCUGAAGGAGUACCUCACCUUCAAGACGUUUGUGGCCAAGGUCAUCGGUCUGACGUGUGCCCUGGGCAGCGGCAUGCCCCUGGGCAAGGAGGGCCCGUUCGUUCACGUCGCCAGCCUAUGUGCCGCGCUCCUGAGCAAAUUCAUGGUGGCUCUGUUUGGAGGGACCUACAUGGAAGAGCCCUUUGAGGGAAACAAGAACGAGAUGCGCAACACGGAGAUGCUGUCGGCGGCGUGCGCGGUGGGCGUGGGCUGCUGCUUCGCGGCUCCCAUCGGAGGGGUGCUGUUCAGCAUCGAGGUCACCUCCACCUUCUUUGCGGUGAGGAACUACUGGAGGGGCUUCUUCGCAGCGACCUUCAGCGCCUUCAUCUUCAGAGUGCUGGCCGUCCUGAACCAGGAAGAAGAGACCAUCACGGCCCUCUUCAAGACACGCUUCCGCCUCGACUUCCCCUUUGACCUCCAGGAGCUGCCAGCCUUCGCCGUCCUCGGGAUUGCCUGUGGUUUUGGCGGUGCUCUGUUCGUCUACCUGAACCGACUGAUCGUGGAAUGCAUGAGGAAGCAGAAGACCAUCAACAAGUUCCUGCUGAGAAACCCCUCUCUCCCCGUCAGGCGGCUGGUGUACCCCGCCAUGGUCACCCUGCUGAUCUCCACCCUCACCUUCCCCCCGGGGUUCGGACAGUUCAUGGCCGGACAGCUGACCCAGCACGAGUCUCUGGUGGCGCUGUUCGACAACCGCACCUGGUGCCGCCACGGCGUGGCCGAGGAGUUUGAGUACAUCGGCCACUCCCACGGCUGGAAGCACCCCCAUGUCAACGUCUUCAUCACGCUUAUUCUCUUCAUCAUCAUGAAGUUCUGGAUGUCGGCGGUCGCCACCACUAUGCCCGUUCCCUGCGGGGCCUUCAUGCCUGUGUUCCUAAUCGGCGCGGCUUUCGGGAGACUGGUGGGGGAGGUCAUGGCAACCAUGUUUCCCGACGGUAUCCACGCCGACGGCCGGGUGUACCCCAUCGUGCCGGGGGGCUACGCUGUAGUGGGUGCCGCUGCCCUCUCCGGAGCCGUCACCCACACGGUGUCCACGGCGGUCAUCGUGUUCGAGCUGACGGGCCAGAUCUCCCACAUCCUGCCCGUGAUGAUCGCGGUGAUCCUGGCCAACGCCGUGGCCCAGUCCCUGCAGCCCUCCCUCUACGACUCCAUCAUACGCAUCAAGAAGCUGCCCUACCUGCCCGAGCUGGGCAUGGGACACCACGAGAAGUACAACAUCCGGGUGGAGGACAUCAUGGUCCGGGAGGUGCGCUACAUCACCCUCUCCUCCUCCUACCGGGGCCUGCAGGAGGUGGUGCAGACCAGCCAGCUCAAGACGCUGGCGCUGGUGGAGUCGCAAGAGUCCAUGAUCCUGCUGGGCUCCAUUGAGCGCAUCCAGCUGCAGUCGCUGCUCUCCAUCCAGCUGGGCCGCCAGCGCCGCCUGGACCACCUCAGCCAGCUGGCCCAGGACAACGGCACCCAGCACCACCACCACCUGUCCAGCCUGGCCUCCGACAGCACCCCCAGCUCCCCGUGCAUCGACCCCCACGCCCGCAUCACCAACGCGGCCGCCGCCCCCGCCGCCGCCGCCGCCGCCACAACCACCACCACCACCACCACCGCCGCCAUCACCAGCAGCAGCAGCGGCACGCUCAUCGCGCCCACCGACGCCAACGCCUGCCAAGGGGUCCGUUUCCUGGUGAGAGCCCAACAGAUCUCCACAGAGGAGUCCACCUCCUUCAGCCCAGUGGCCAGCGGCGCUCAGCUGCCUCUGAAGUCGGCCAUGAAGGCUGUGUCAGCCAUCAGCGAAACAGAGACGCCCAAUAGUUCUCAGACCAUCUCUUGCACUGACCAUGGGAAGGAGUCUCUCGAGGGUUUGGCCGGGCCAACCCCGCCCACCGGCAGGAAGCCCAAGCUCAAACGAGUGAGGAUCUCCAUGGCGGACGCCACCGAGGUGGACGACGACAUGAGCACCACAGAGAUCUCAGAGUGGGAGGAGCAACAGCUGGACGAUCCCGUGGACUUCAAGAACUGCAAGAUAGACCCCGCCCCCUUCCAGCUGGUGGAGAGGACAUCUUUGCAUAAGACCCACACCAUCUUCUCUCUGCUGGGCCUGGAUCACGCGUACGUCACCAGCAUCGGCCGUCUCGUCGGAGUGGUCUCCCUUAAAGAGCUGCGUAAGGCCAUAGAGGGAUCUGUGACGGUGACGGGAGUGAAAGUGCGCCCCCCACUGGCCAGUUUCCGCGACAGCGGCAACAGCACAAAUGUAUCUGAUAUUACAGAUCUCCACAAGCUGUGGGUCCGCCACAGAGGCCACUCGUUGCCACGGGAACCAACACCCCCCGAGGCCGAGGACCAAUUGGAUCUCCCGUACGAGGAGAUCCCGGUCGACUUCUCCGACCAAUCAAAUAUUCAGUUUGAGAGCAGCCUGGGCGACGUCAUCACCCCCCCGUCAGAGCUGGUGCUCCAGGAGAGCCCCUCCUUCACCGAGGACCAAUCGGAGUUCACCUUCGAGUGCAGCCCCUCCCACACCGAGGAGUCGGAGCUGGGCUGUGACUAUGAGCCGCCGAGUGACACUCCCGAGCCGGACCAGUUAGAGACACCGACAGAUGAGCUGAGCCCCUCCCCUCCCCCAAACCUGGACCGGAUUGAGAUUUCGUCAGAGUCUGACGGUCAUGACUCCUCCCCCUCCCCCUCCGCCUCCCCCUCCUCCCCCCCAGCUGCAGAUCAGACCGAGUGAUACCGGGGGGCAGUGGAUAGUUCAGGGGUCCCACACCGCGGUGUCUACGGUCGUAGAGGUCACCUCCAAGUCCAGCCUAGAUAUCUAUUUCUGUAUUAUUGCAUUUAGUAGGGCUGUGUGUGUGUGUGUGUGUGUGUGGGUGUGUGGG